GCUAAAUGAGCGUGCAUGUCCAGCAGAUUCUUUCUCUCUCGCUCUGAGAUGGGUUCUCUCAGCAGAGCACUCAUUAUCUGUCUAGCGGUUGCGGCCACGGCCGUGGAGUUUACAGUAGCAGAAGUGGUGGUCUCAGGAGUCGUGUUCUGCGACAGAUGCAAGGAUGGUAGGAUGGGCUUCUCCGAUUACCCUCAUUCUGGGGUGAAGGUAGCACUGGCUUGUGCCGGCGAGGACGGGCAGGUGAGCGUGUUGAAGGAGAGCAGCACCAACCGACUGGGGCACUACUGGAUGAGUUUGCCAGGCAACCCUGACAUGAGACGCUGCUGGGCCCAGGUGGUGAAGAUGCCCCACGGCUCCCGCUGCGGUGGGUCGGCCAGCUCCGCCACCCGAUUGAAUCUCAACUUCAGGCUGUUCAACUUGGAUAUGUACACGGCCGGCCCAUUGCUCACGCAGCCGACCAAGGCCAUGGCCUUCUGCCGCGUUUCUGCCUCCCAAACCCCGUCUCCCACUGCAUCCCCUACUCCUCCGGCGAUUGCCUUGCCGCCAACGCCUUUCAGCCAGCAAUCAGCAUGCACCUACCAGAACUGGACAAUGCCUGAAAACAAGUGCAACUGGAGGGUGGUUCGACCGGACACGAAGGUGGCGAUGGCAUUUGGUUUGCCGGCGGCCUGGAAGUAUGGGACAGACUUGACCCUAUGGGAGGCCCUUCACGGGAGGGGGGAUGUUUACAAGACCCUUCUCAGAGAAGGGACGGCUGCCCUUCUCAACUCUUUCGGCAACGCCCAGUUCGAGUAUAAUACUCUCACCGUGCUGGGGCGCAUGACUUGGGCGCUGGAAGGCCCAGAGAAGGAGGCUCUCAUGCAGGCCCUGAGGUUCAGGAGAGCGAACUCUGGCCCCGGCAAUGUCACAAACUGUCACUUGCCUACUUGUAGCAGCUGAUCAGGGUGUUCAAGAUGCAUAUGCAAAGGAGGAGACCUUGGGAUCUUCUUUUCUUUGAUCAUGUCAAGUUCUAGGCUUGAACUCGUGAGGUUCUAGUAUUAAGCCGUCAUGGAUUCUAGAGGGCGAGGUUCAAAAUAAAGUUGGUAUCAGCUAUGUCUGCUAUUAUGGAUCUGGAUGUGCAUAUCAUGAGGUUCAAAAGACAUUUCCUUUCACAGGCUUUCAAUGUGUGAAGUACUUCGAACACUAAUAAAGAAAUAAUAUGGGACUC